GGCCCCGCCAUCAUUCACUCACACACAGCCCGCCAUUUUGAUCUAAACUAAAGAGCGUGGGAUAAUUGAUGUGUCUGCUUACCUAUAAUUUUAUUCAUAGUAAAACAUAUACUUUAAUUAGAUCUGAGUUACUAUAAAUCUACAGUAUUAUUCAUAAUCCAUUCUUGUGGCGCUCUUAAUUUUAUCAUACCGUAAUUAUUAGGUAAAAUUAUGGAUGGGCCACCGAACCGUGGGUUUCGCGGCGGAGGACGUGGUGGUCCUCCUGGCCUCAAUCAUAGAGGUCGAGGUGGAUUUGAUAUGCGUGGCCGUGGUGGUGGUCCAGGCAUGAGAGGUCGCGGCGGCCCACCAAGAGGCCUAGGUAGAGGAGGCCCACGUGGCUUUAGAGGAGGACCGAUGAGAGGCGGAGGCGGUGACAGAGGAGGCCGGGGAUUUCCACCAGGACCUCAAGGACCUGGACCUCAUCCUGUACCUACAAUAGAAUCAAGGGGAGGACCGCCUCAAAGAGGUGGUUUCAAUAAUCGUGGAGGUCUUGGAGGUAUGCGAGGGAGAGUUGGUAGAAGCAGAGGAGACUUUGGUCAACGUGGUGAUAGAGGUGGCGGUCGAGGAGGAAUGCCUAUGAGAGGUCGCGGUGGUCGUGGUCAUGGGCCGCCAAGCGGCGGACUCCCGGGCGGCCCUGGUUUGCCGGGUCCCGGGCCGACGGGAGCGCCCGGUGGGCCCCGCCCGGCACCUCCUGUGCCGGCGCCUGGAGCCCCAUCUGCGCACCCAGCUGUCGGCUUCAAAAGGGGCGGAGCUCCUCAUGGUGGCCCUGGAGGCCCACCUAAGCGAGGAAGGUUUGAUGGCCCAAGAGGCGGAAGUGGGCGGCCUCCACCAUCAGGAUACCAGCAAGCUCCGCCCCCACAUGGCUCUCUUGCGCCGGCCAAUGGGUAUGGACCACCUUCACAUACAGGCUACCAACCAUAUGAACAACCAGCAGCGGAUGCCUAUGCUCAGCCAUCUUAUAGCACACCCAGUUCAUAUCAAGGAAAUAACUAUGCAGCUCCAGCUGCUCAAGGGAAUGCUGGUUAUAACUCCAGUGGCUAUGGUUCAAAUUAUGGUUAUUCAACAAGUGGACAAGGAGGCUAUGAAAACGACAGUUAUGGUGCCCAUGGCGGCGCAGGGGAUGCGGGUUAUGGUGCUGCGGAACCCGCGUACGGCGGUUCGGCCCCCGCCUACGACUCUUACUCACAACCUUCCUACAACUCAUACCAGCAGCCACAACAGCAAUACAAUAACAGUUAUGGCAGUUGGUGAUCUGUUUGAAUAUAACAGAAUAUAAGCGUCCAUACCACACACAAAAUAUAAUAGCUGGGAAGCAUUUGGAUAUUUAAUAAAAAUUAGUAUGUAACUUAGGAAAUUUUAAUAAUUCUCUCACUAAGUUUAGGGAGUUUGACUUUAUUUUUAUGACAUGCAUUUGGUCGAUAUUUAAAUUAUUUUAAAAAAAUUAUGUGGUUCCUUUACAUUUAACUUAAAAAUUUCAUUUUACUCAUGGACUCAAGUGUAUUAACUUACAUAUGCAUACUAGUUUAAACGUCACUGUAUGGUAAAAUAAUACCAUGUUUUAGAAAUAAGGAUCCAAUUCGUAAUAAAAUUAUGAAAGACUU